CCGCCUGCAUCCGCACAUCUGUCAGACUCGCGUAUUAGCGUGCCGCGAUGUCGCUUUCUGCAAUGAGGACGUUAAUAAAAUUACUGUUAAACUAACGGGGAAAACAUGUCUGAAGUGCGAAAAUUCACAAAGCGGUUGAGCAGACCGGGGACGGCUGCGGAGCUCAGACAAAGUGUAUCAGAGGCGGUGAGGACGUCCAUUGCUGUGGAGCAACCGAAGAUCAUCGAGCCACUGGACUAUGAAAAUGUGGUGUUCCAGAGGAAAGCUCAAAUCCACAGUGAUCCACAGAGAGACCUGCUGUUGUGGCCAGCUGAUGAUGUAUCAGAGUGCCAGAUUGAACGUCAAAGGAGAACCAUAAUUUCUCCAGUUCCUCAAAAUGCAGAAAACGAAGCUGAAAGCCUUUUCGCCAAAGAGUGCAUUAAGAUGGACAACACAGACUGGCACAUCAUCAACUAUAAUUACGAGGCUUACUCUGGAGAUUUCCGGAUGCUGCCCUGUAAAGGGAUGAAGACAGAGAAGCUUCCAAGCCAAGUGUUUGAGGUCGAUGAGGGAGAGGAGGACUCGUCGUCUCUGUGCUCUCAGAGAGGUGGUGUGAUGAAGCAGGGUUGGCUGCAGAAAGCCAACAUCAACAGCAGUCUGUCUGUCCCCAUGAAGGUGUUUAAAAGGAGAUAUUUCUACCUGUCUCAGCUUCCUGACGGCUCCUAUAUACUGAAUUCAUACAAAGAUGAGAAAAACUACAAAGAAUCGAAAGGCUCUAUCUAUCUGGACUCCUGCAUAAAUGUGAUUCCGUGUCCUAAGAUGCGGCGCAACGCCUUUGAGCUAAAGAUGGAAGAGCGCUACAGUCACUAUCUGGCGGCGGACAGCGAGGCAGAGAUGGAGGAAUGGGUGAACACUCUGAAGCAGGCCUUACUAAACACAACAGAGUACAGGAGGAAUGGAACAGAACCCUCUGAAGGUUCUCUGGAUGACGACAGUAGCAGUCAGGGGAAGCCUGAGAACUUUGCUGAGAGCUUUGGACGAAGUCUUCAUCCAGAGCUUAUGAAGUAUGCCAGAGAAACAGAUCAGUUGAAUAAAAUGAACAGAAAUGAGGGCCGGCAGAAGAUCUUCACCCUUGAUCCUGACACACAGAAAUUAGAUUUCUCAGGCAUUGAGCCUGAUGUCAAGCCAUUUGAAGAGCGCUUUGGACGAAGAAUCAUGGUUAACUGUCACGACUUGACCUUUAGUCUGCAAGGAUGCGUCAGUGAGAAGACUGAUGGAGUCUUAACCAACGUUGAGCCGUUCUUCAUUAUCCUAGCCUUGUUUGAUUUGUCCAAAGGCUGUAAGAUCUCUGCAGACUUCCAUGUUGACCUCAAUCCACCGUGCGUGAGAGAAAUGCUUCUAGAAGGUUCUCCCCAGACACAGACGGAACAAGAAGCAAGAGACAGGAGUGAAACGGUCAGGGUAAAUGGACACGGCCUGCCGGCUCUCCAGAGAGUCGCAGAGUGUCUUUUACAUUUCCCUGCUCAGGGGAUCUUCUCAGUUACCAACCCUCACACAGACAUCUUCGUGCUGGCACGGGUGGAGAAGGUUUUACAGAACGGAAUCACGCACUGUGCUGAGCCUUAUAUUAAGACCUCAGACAUGAGCAAGACAGUACAGAAGGUCCUGAAGACUGCCAAACAGACAUGUCAGCGGCUGGGCCAGUACCGAAUGCCCUUCGCUUGGGCUGCCAGACAGGUGUUUAAAGAUGCUCAAGGCACUUUAUACACGGACGGGAAGUUCUCUCCACUCUACCGCCAAGACAGUAGCAAGUUAUCCACAGAAGAUCACAUCAAACUGCUGACAGAUCUCAAGAAACCAGAGAAGAACAAACAGCAGAUAAUCUCUGGACAAAUUAAUAUCACCGUUGAAUGUGUACCUCCAGAUCUGUCAAACUCUGUCACGUCCUCAUAUAUUGCGGUAAAGCCAUUUGAUGAGCAGUGUGAGAGGGUUUCUGUGGAAGUGGAGGAGUUUUACCCCGAAGAGGCCAAGUACAACCACCCGUUCACCAUCUACAAGAAUCAUCUCUAUGUCUAUCCUCAGCAGCUCAAAUACGACAAUCAAAAGAGCUUUGCCAAGGCCCGGAACAUCGCUGUGUGUGUCCAGUUCAAGGAUUCAGAUGAAGAGGGGGCUGGUCCCGUAAAGUGCAUCUAUGGCAAACCAGGAGCGCCACUGUUCACCACCAGUGCAUUUGCUGCAGUUCUGCAUCACAACCAGUGUCCAGAGUUUUAUGAUGAGAUUAAAAUCGAGCUUCCUGUUCACAUUCAUGAGAAGCAUCACAUUCUUUUCACCUUCUACCAUAUAAGCUGUGAGCUUAGUAACAAAACCACCACCAAGAAGAGAGAGGCAGUGGAGACACUGGUGGGUUAUUCCUGGGCUCCUUUACUUAAGGAUGGCAGAAUACAUUCAUCUGAAUUACAGCUUCCUGUAUCUACAAAUCUACCUACUGGUUACAUGUAUGAAAAAAGCCAGGAGUCAAAGAAGUCCUCCCCGGACAUCAAAUGGGUCGACAAUGCCAAAACGCUAUUCAAAGUGCGAAUACAUGUAGCAUCAACAAUUUACACUCAGGAUUUGCACCUCCACAAUUUCUUCCAGCAUUGUCAGCUGAUGAGGUCAAUGUCACCAGGAAAUCUUGCUGAACUCGUCAAGUACCUAAAGUGCCUGCAUGCAGUAGAGACUCAGGUCAUCAUCAAGUUUCUGCCUACGGUUCUUGUUCAGCUCUUUGAAGUCCUCACAAUGGCAAACAAAGAGGGUCACGAUAUUGCUGUCAACUCCACACGUGUAAUAAUUCACAUUGUGUCUCAGUGUCACGAGGAAGGUCUGGAACAUUACCUGCGCUCCUUUCUGAAGUAUGUUUUUCGGACCAACAGCUCAAAUUCUGUGACAACUCAUGAAGUUUUAGCAGCGGCAGUGACUGCCAUACUCAAACAGACUGCAGAUUUCAACACAUGUAACAAACUACUUAAGUAUUCCUGGUUCUUCUUCGAAACUAUGGCUAAAUCAAUGGCACAGUACCUCCAGGAUGGCAACCGAAUGAAAAUGCCUCGAGCACAGAGAUUUCCCGAAUCUUUCCACCAAGCUCUGCAGUCUCUGCUGUUGUCAAUCAUGCCGCACAUUACCAUCCGCUACGUGGAGAUUCCUGAGGAGGCCCGUUGUGUCAACUUCAGCCUUGCUUGCUUCAUUAAGCGCUGCCUCACAUUUAUAAACAGAGGAUUUGCUUUCAGUCUGAUAAAUGACUACAUGUGUGGAUUCAGCCUUAAAGACCCAAAGGUGCUAACAGAGAUGAAAUUCGACUUCCUCAUGACGGUGUGCAACCACGAGCACUACAUUCCUCUAAACCUGCCUAUGGCGUUUGGUCGAACCAAGUUGCAAAGAGUCCAGGACCAGAGUUUGGAGUACAGCCUGACUGAGGAUUACUGUAAGAACCAUUUUCUGGUGGGUCUGCUUCUGCGAGAGGUGGCUGAUGGACUUCAGGGUUGCCCAGAGAUCAGGCAGCUGGCCGUGGCUGCAUUAAAAAACCUCAUGAUCAAACACUCCAUGGACGACAGGUACAACGCUUUUAAGAACCAGCAGGCCCGUAUUUGUCUGCUAUACCUGCCGCUAUUUGAGCUGCUGUACCAGAACCUCAGUCAGAUGAACAGCCCCAAGCAAAUCAGCAGAAAUGGCCUUGGCAUUCUGUACCGGGAUGAUUUAUCCUUGGCAGGUUCAGCGGACAGCCACAGAAGCAGCGCCAUUAUUGAUAAGGAACCUAGUAGUGUUAUCAUUAAAAAUGGAGACGUGAGGAGAUCCAUGUAUGGGGAUCCCGGUACACCAGACAUUAAUGGGUUACACAGGCGUGGCUCUGCAGUGAGCUCUCUGCCUGCCGUUGGCCAUCUGGGCCAGUAUGAGAUCAGAGGGCUGCUUUUGUGUUUCCUGCAUGUCAUAAGAACUUUGUCAGAUGACACUCUGAUGGCCUACUGGUCUAAAGUUAAUGCUCAAGACAUCAUGAACUUCCUCAGUCUUCUAGAGAUCUGCGUAAUCCAGUUCCGCUAUGCGGGUAAACGAAACAUCAGCCGUAACCAGGAACCCUGGGUGUCCAAACUUUUUUAUCCGGAGAGGAAAUCUCAGACCAUGCCAGUGAUGCGAGCUCGAGGAAGCCUGAUGCAAGCAAAGUUGCAGCAGUUCAGCACUAUGGACACUUCGCUUACUUUGAACAUGGUUGGGGGUCCCACAGAAGCAGUGAUCAACCACCAGGCUUUGCUUGAAGGAAAUAUCUCGUCAGAGGCCUGUCUCACUGUGCUGGACGUGCUCUCACUCUUUACUCAGAGCUUUAAGAAUCAGCUGCUGGAAAGUGACGGUCACAAUGCUCUGAUGACAAAAGUCUUUGACACAUACCUCACCUUACUGAAAGUUGGACAGUCGGAGGCAGCCAUCAAACACAUCUUUGCCUCCCUGCGAGCCUUCAUUAUUAAGUUCCAGGUUCCCCUCUUUAAGGGUCGCGUAACACUGUGUGGUUCGCUGUGCUAUGAUGUCCUGAAGUGCUGUAUGUCGAAACUAAGUAUCUUGCGUGGGGAAGCAUCUGCCCUCCUUUAUCUGCUCAUGAGGAACAAUUUUGAGUACACCAAGAGGAAAAGUUUCCUACGCAUGCACCUACAGAUAAUCAUCGCUGUGAGCCAACUUAUAGCUGAUGUGGCGCUUACAGGCAGCUCACGUUUCCAAGAGUCUCUGUCCAUCAUCAACAACUUUGCCAACAGUGAUAAAGUCAUGAAGGUGACAACAUUUCCCUUUGAAGUGAAAGGCCUUACAAUGCGAAUCCGUACGGUUCUGAUGGCCACCGCUCAGAUGCGUGAGCACGAAAAAGACCCAGAAAUGCUGGUUGACCUUCAGUACAGUCUCGCCCGUUCGUACGCCAGCACUCCAGAGCUCCGACGCACCUGGUUGGACAGCAUGACACGAGCUCACAACAAAAAUGGAGACUAUUCUGAGGCUGCUAUGUGUAACGUUCAUGUUGCUGCACUAGUAGCAGAAUAUUUGCACAGGAAAAGGCUGUUUCCAAGUGGACUGGCAGCAUUUAAAAGAAUCACGCAGAACAUUGAUGAAGAAGCUGCCAUGAAAGAAGACGUUGGGAUCCAAGAUGUGUACUACACAGAGGACAUUCUGGUUGAACAGUUGGAGGUGUGUGUUGAAGGUCUUUGGAAAGCUGAGAGAUUUGAACUAAUAACACACAUCGCCAGGCUUAUCAUCCCUGUUUAUGAGAAACGCCACGAGUUCGAGAAACUGAGGAGGUUGUAUGACACACUGCAGCGUGCUUAUGCUAAGAUAUUAGAAGUCAUGCAGUCUGGCAGACGUCUGCUGGGGACCUACUAUAGAGUUGCCAUUUAUGGACAGAGCUUCUUUGAAGAGGAGGAUGGUAAAGAAUACAUCUACAAGGAGCCAAAGAUCACAAGUCUUCCUGAAAUUUCCCAUCGUCUCAUUGGUCUCUACGGAGAAAAGUUUGGAACCGAGUGUGUCAAAAUCAUCCAAGAUUCCAACAAAGUAAACCAGAAAGAUCUGGACCCAAAGUUUGCAUACAUUCAGGUAACAUUUGUAAAGCCCUACUUUGAUGAGAAAGACCUGUUGGAGCGGAAGACUGCAUUUGAAAAGUGCCACAACAUUAACCGUUUUGUCUUUGAGACGCCGUACACACUAACUGGAAAAAAACAAGGAGGGGUGGAGGAACAAUGCAAGCGGAGAACAAUACUUACCACGGCCAACAUUUUUCCGUACGUGAAGAAACGCAUCGAAGUUGUGGCGGAAAAACACAUAGAUCUGAAACCGAUUGAUGUGGCCAUAGAUGAGAUGAAAGAUCGAAGCACUGAGCUCACUAAAAUAUGCUCUAACCAAGAGGUCGACAUGAAACAGCUACAACUCAUACUCCAGGGCUGUGUUAGUGUGCAGGUGAAUGCAGGACCAAUGGCCUAUGCCAGAGCCUUCCUGGAUGAAUCCAAAUCCGGUCAAUCCAGCAAGAAAGUAAAAGAACUCAAGGAAAUAUUCAGGCAGUUUGUUAAGGCAUGCAGUAUGGCUCUGGAUAUUAAUGAGAGACUCAUUAAAGAGGACCAGUAUGAGUAUCAAGAGGGGCUAAAGGCUAACUUCAAAAGCAUGGUGAAAGAGCUGUCUGAUAUCAUCCAUGAACAGAUCUUUCAGGAGGAUAUGAUGUGUUCCCUGCUGCAGAACUCUGUUCACGUGUUCCGUGCUAUCAGUGGGACAUCAACCGACCUGGCCUAGCUGUUCCUCCUCAACUUUCUUCAAAAUUAUAACUUAAGGCCUUUAGCGAACAUAACUUUAGUCUGCUAGAAUAUCAGCAUUUUUGAUGUGCUAUUUUUUACUUGUGUGCAGGUACUCCUUGUUUAAGUUUUGCAUUUCUAUAGAUAUUGGUUUUGCCAUUUUUUUCUGGCAUUGUACAUUCUCUGCAAUCUGAAGUACACUUACACACACAGCACACCAAAGAUAAAAUGGACCGUUUACAUUUACACAUUUGACAGACGCUUUUAUCCAAAGCGAUUUAUGGUGCAUUCAAACUAUACAUUUUUUAUCAGUAUCAGUAUGUGUGUUCCUUAGGAGUCAAAUCCACAAUGCAAUGCUCAACCAGCUGAUCUUCAGAUUACUUUACAGUGAUGUUCAGUUUUUGUUUGUAAACGUUUUUUCCCCUGCAAUAACAGACAAUGUUAUGCCAUUUUUACAUACUUUAACAUUUAAAAAAAUGAUCUUUGUCUAAGAUUGAGUCCAUUGUACUGAAUGCUGAAAAACAGGAAUGCAAAACUACAAUUGUAAACUAUAAAAAAUGACUAUCAGGGCAUCAUAUCAAUUCUACAUAUUAUUUCUUGUCUUUUUAUUGAACAAAUGCUAUUGUUUUAUUUGUUUACCUUUAUUUAUGUUGUUGCCUGGUGCAAAAGCCAUGUUGUUUAGCCUCGGUACGAAGCGAAUUAAGUUGGCAUUUUAAGAGGUCAGUUUUCCCAUUGCCAACAGUCAGAACAUUUUUUGACUAGCUUUCACAAUAUGUGGUUAAGGCUGUAUUUCCAGUAUUGUCCAAGCAGCCGUGACUCACUAUGUGAUAGUUACUGCAGUUUGUGAGACUUACAUGAGAUCAGUGUUUGUCUUUUAAUUAAAUAAAAAUAGUGUAAUUGAAAUAUUACACAUACGCAA